AAAUUCUCACUCAAGUACCUCUCUCUCUCUCUCUCUCUCUCAACCUUUUUUCAUCAUAUACAAUUCUGCCCAUUAAACAAUGCUAAUGGAAGAUUCCCAAUCAUCCCUUCCACUCUAAAGGAAACACACAUAAUUGCACCCAACAAUCAAUUCUUUCCAUCAUAUAGAAACCUGAGCUCUCUCAAGCUAUAUAUAUUCACUAAAUUGUUUUACUUCUUCCUCUUCUUCUUAAAUAUCUAUCAAUCUCUAUCACCUUUUUUCACACCACACCAUCUUUUAGUUUCCCACUUCCCAUGAUCAUGAAUCAUUCUAAUUCCUCAGCCACCACUUCUGUCAAUGGCUUCUACAAUUUCCUCACCCGGUGCCUCGACGAUCUUGACUGCUCCUUUCCCUCCAAUAACUUCAUGUCCAUUCAGUUCCUCCAAAGGGUUCUCUCAUCACUCCAAUCCUUUCACUCUCAGCUAACCAUUUUGGUCCAAAAGCUUCACUUGCCUGUUGGAGAGAAGUGGCUCGACGAGUACAUGGACGAAAGCUCGAGGCUCUGGGAAGCCUGCCAUGUCCUGAAAGCAGGCGUAGCCGGUAUGGAGAGCGUUUACUCUGCCGGAGCCAACAUAGCUUCCUCCCUCAACAAUCACAGCAUUAUAAACCCUCAGCUUUCACGUCAGAUUAUACGAUUGAUCGCCGGUUGCCAAAGGGAGAUAGUGGGGUUGGAAGAGGAGAAUAGGAGCUUAAUGGAGACAAGAAUCCAACCACUGUCUCUAAGGUUUGAUGAGAAUGUUUCAAUCCAAUCAAAGUUCAAUGGUUUCAAUGGUUUUAGAGGUGUUCUAUAUGCAAUGAGGAAUGUUAGCUCUUUGCUUCUAAUGAUCUUACUUGGUGGCCUAGUGUACUGUUGGCCUGUGGAGAGCUUUUGCCAAGGUGGUUAUGAAGGACACAUGGUUUUUGGCUCAUCUUUUAUGGUCUCAGCAGCAAGAUUGCAGCAAAGAGUUGCAGGGGAGAUGAACCAGAUUGAUCAUGGGCAGACAGGGGUUCUUCUUUUCGAGUUCAAAGAAGCGCGAAUCGCAAUGGAAGAGCUGAAGGAAGAACUAGAGAGGAUUGCAGACUAUGGCACAACAGAAGAUUACAAGGACAUCCAUGACAAGGUUGAGAACUUGAAGACUUGCUUUGGGGUCUUGAAAUGUGGGGCUGAGAACAUAAUUGGGCAGCUUGAUGACUUCUUUGAUGAAAUAGUUGAAGGGAGGAAGAAGCUUUGGGACAUGUGCACUCAUAGGUAGAGAGAGAAAGAGAGAGAGAGAGAUGGUGCAGCCAUGGGUAGGUAGAGAAAAGUGUGUAAGAAAUCACUUGAUCAUGGGGUAGUGUUAGAGUUUUAGUUUUUUGCCCAUUUCUUUUUCUUCUUUUUUUCUUUUUUCUUUUUUUUUUUU